AUGGCGUCUGCCGACGCGGAGAAGGCUGAGAUGAAAAUCGAGGGGGCCAUUGAGGCUGCCCAAGAUUUGCACCAAGAUCCACAAUCCCGCGUCAACCCAGACACGGUCGAGGAAAAGGUCGUCGCAGAUGCUCGAAAGGCCGGUGUUGCCGCAUACCAAUUCGAUCCCAAUGCUUUACCAGAAGAUAAGGCCAAUGCUGCUAGAGGGCGCCUGCCGCCUGAUUUUCACCAUCCCCAUAAACCCCAGGGUAUUGCUGUAAUUACAGAUAAGACCGAUGGUAAAGCAGACUAUGAUCUGCCUGCACCGGAGUCUGCGGCCGCCAUUAUGGCCGAGGAAGCCACACGCGAAGGUGAAGGGAAGGAGCUCGAUGAGGAUCUUCGAUGGGGGCGCGAUCGAACCGGCUGGGCGCCCAAAUUCGUCGAGGAGAAACCUCCAGGCCUCGACGACGAAGGCACAUUGCUGGAUCAUGAGACGUUCCUGGAGGGAAGAAUCCCUGACAAGUUCUUCGGCGAUUGGUACCACAAUGCUGGAAUUAUCGUUUUCGCCUGCUUGGCCUCGUGGAUGAUUGCCGUGCUCGGCGGUGGUAUCGGCUGGGUUCUCAUGAUCAUGGCAGCUUGUAGCACUUACUACCGUACCUCCAUUCGACGAGUGCGCCGAAACUUCCGUGAUGAUAUCAGUCGUGAAAUGUCCAAGCAGCGCCUCGAGACCGACACCGAGAGUCUCGAGUGGAUCAACAGCUUCCUUGUCAAGUUCUGGCCUAUCUAUGCCCCGGUUUUGUGCGAUACUAUCAUCAACUCCGUUGAUCAGGUCCUCAGCACUGCUACUCCCGCGUUCUUGGAUAGUUUACGCCUCAAGACUUUCAUCCUCGGUUCUAAGCCUCCUCGCUUGGAGCACGUUAAGACCUACCCCAAGACUGAGCCCGAUACCGUCAUCAUGGACUGGAAGUUCAGCUUCACCCCCAACGACAACAUGGAUUUGACUGCGCGCCAGAUGAAGGAUAAGAUCAACCCCAAGGUUGUGCUGGAGGUGCGUGUUGGUAAGGGUGUCAUGUCUAAGGGUCUCGAUGUCAUUGUUGAGGACAUGGCUUGCUCGGGCUUGAUGCGUGUCAAGGUCAAGCUUCAGAUUCCGUUCCCCCACAUCGAGCGUGUGGAUGUCUGCUUCCUGGAUAAGCCCGAACUCGAUUACGUCUGCAAGCCUCUUGGUGGCGACCUCCUUGGCUUCGAUAUCAACUUCAUUCCCGGUCUGGAGUCCUUCAUUAAGGACCAGAUUCAUGCCAACCUGCAACCCAUGAUGUAUGAUCCGAAUGUCUUCCCAAUUGAAAUUGCGAAGAUGCUUGCUGGAAACCCCGUUGAUCAAGCCAUUGGUGUCGUUGCGAUUACUCUACACGGUGCUCACCAACUCAAGAACCCCGAUAAGUUCUCUGGUACUCCUGAUCCAUACGCUGUGGUGUCCCUUAACGGUCGUAAUGAGCUCGGCCGCACCAAGGUCAUUCACGAUAACGAUAGUCCCCGCUGGAACGAGACAAUCUACGUUAUCAUUACCUCCUUUAGUGAAGCCCUGUCGAUUGCUGCGUACGACUGGAACGAGUAUCGCAAGGAUAAGGAAAUGGGUGUUGCUAGCUUUGCAUUGGACAAACUCGAACAAGAGCCUUCUCAUGAGGGUAUCUAUCUGGAAGUUCAGGCCAGUGGCCGCCACCGCGGUGCCAUCCAAGCCGACAUUCGAUUCUUCCCCGUUCUCGAGGGACGCAAGAACGAGGCUGGUGAACCUGAACCCGCUCCUGAACUCAACACCGGUAUUGCCCAGUUCACCGUGGAACAGGCCAAGUCUCUAGACGCAAGCAAGAGUAUGAUUGGCAAGUUGAACCCUUACGGUGUUCUGCUGCUCAACGGAAAGGAAAUUCACAUCACGAACAAGCUCAAGCGCACCAACAACCCCAUCUUCCAGAAUGCCUCCAAGGAGUUUCUCGUCACUGACCGAAAGAACGCUCGUCUGGGUCUUAUCAUCAAGGAUGACCGCGAUAUCAUGCAGGAUCCCAUCAUCGGCCGCUACCAGAUCAAGAUGAACGAUAUGCUCAAGAUGAUGGAGCGUGGCCAGCAAUGGUUCCAUCUCCACGGUGCUAAGGAGGGACGUGUCAAGUUGACUCUCCAAUGGAAGCCUGUUGCGCUCAGCGGUAUUGGAAGCGCUGGUUAUGUUGAUCCCAUUGGUGUCAUGCGCUUUCACUUUAAGCGCGCCUCUAACCUGCGCAACCUGGAGGCUAUGGGCAAGUCUGAUCCCUACGUUCGUGUGCUCCUGUCCGGUGUGACUCGUGGCCGCACUGUCACUUUCCGCAACAAUCUCAACCCCGAUUGGGAUGAGGUCGUCUACGUGCCUAUUCGCAGUGCUCGUGAGAAGGUGACCGUUGAGGUCAUGGAUGAGGAGACUAUCAACAAGGACCGAAGUCUUGGAUGGGCUGAUCUCAAUGCCUCCGACUUCGUUCGUGAAACAGAGAGCGGCGAAUAUGAAAUUGACGAUGACAAGCAGGAUAUUGUCAGUAAACUGAAGAUCGGCAGCGGUUCCCCCAAGGGAGAGCUUUACUACAACGUUGCUUUCUAUCCAACUGUGCCGGUUGUGAAUCCCGAGGACGAGGUUGAAGAGGAGGAGGACGCCUUGGAGGUUCCUGGCACUCCUGGUCCUGACUCCGUCGAUUUCCGCAAGAGCCUCGAGAACAAGCCUAAGGCUUCACACUCCAAGACCGUUAGCGUUGACUCGAAGGCUUCCAAGGCUCUGUCUAAUGGCGCAGCUCCCGCUGCUAAUGGUGCCACAAAUGGCAACGAGGAGCCGAAUACCAACGGUCGUGCCAGUCUGGAGACCACUGUGUCUCGUCCAUUGACUGCUAACCAGUCUGAGACUGCUUCAGUUCGGUCGGUCAAGUCCAUCCCCCGCACUUUUGUCAGUGCGGAGGAUCUUUCAAAAUACGAAUCUGGUUUCAUUGUGUUCAAGUUCCACGAGGGCCAGCUGGCAGUCCCCCAUGUUCAGUUGGAGGUCUUGAUGGAUGACUACAUGUUCCCCGCCUACACCUCCUCCAAGAUCCACACCACAACCGCGAAGUUCUCUGACGUCGGCGAGGCCUUCGUUCGCGAGCUUGAGUUCUCCAAGAUCACACUGCGCCUGGUCUGCAAGGAUGAUCCCAAGGACUCGAGCGAGGAGCACACAGUCGCCAAGUUGACCGGUGACACGCUGCCCACUCUGAUGCGCAUGCUGUACACACCCACUGAGCUCAUUCUCCGCUCCACCACUGGAGAGGUGAGCAAGGUUACCGUCAGCGCCCGAUACAUUCCGACGGAGAUGAAGCUCGACCCAAUGGAGAGCAUCAACAACAUGGGAACCCUGCGUGUCGACGUUCACGAUGCCGCCGAGCUGCCCGCUGCCGACCGCAAUGGUUUCAGCGAUCCCUACUGCAAGUUCCGCAUGGGCGACGAGACAGUGCACAAGACCAAGGUUCAGAAGAAGACCCUGCACCCAGCCUGGAACGAGUUUUUCGAGAUCCCUGUCAAAUCCCGCAUUGGUGCCAACUUCCAUGUGGACGUGUACGAUUGGGACUUUGGUGACAAGGCUGACUGGCUCGGUGCCUCGGUCAUUGACCUUGAAGGUCUGGAGCCUUUCCAAGCCAAGGAAGUUUCCUUGCCACUUGAUGGCAAAUCCGGAGUGAUUCGCCUUAGCCUGCUUUUCAAGCCCACCUACGUAAUGCGUGCUCGCCAAGGCUCUUCCACUUUCUCCGGAACCUUUGCCGUCCCCGGCAAGAUCGUUGGUGCCCCCGUCAAGGGUGUCGGCUUUGUCGGCGGUAAUGUCGUCCGCGGCGCCUCCUUCCUGAAGCACGGCCUCAUGUCGCGUCUCAACAAGGACAAAAGUGAAGAUACGGUCUCCAUCAUGAACAGCAUCGAGGAACCCGAACCCGCCCGCGGUGACCGUCUCACUCCGGCUGCCUCCCUCGUUGAAGGUCCUAAUGGCACCGGCUCCUCCUCCCCCAAUACCCCCCAGAAGGAACACAGCCGCAAUCGCAGCACCGCCUCGCAAUUCGGUGACCGCCUCAGCGUCUUCGGUGGCGCCGGUUCCGGUGACAAGGGCUCCGCGAACAUCACCAUCGUCUCUGCCGCUAACUUCCCCACCUCCGCCAACCUGCGCGUCAUCGUCCGCGUCCAGGGUACCAAGGGCUCCAAGGAGGUCCACAAGACCAAGGCCCACAAGAACAGCUCCGGCACCGUUACCUACGACGACUCCUUCCGCGUGUCAAACACCACCGCCGACGCGCAGUACCAGAUCCGCGUCGUCAGCCACGCCACCUUCGGCUCGGACGAUGUCCUCGGCGAAGCGCCCUUCUUCGUUGAUGACCAGGGUUCCAUCGCCGGCCAGGACAAGACCAUUACCGUUGGCGACGGUGCUGUCACCGUCCGCUCUAGCUUCGUGCCUUCUGACAACGGUCUCCGACCCACUACUUCGCACUCGACCGCUGGCGCUGAUGCCUCCGAGGGUGCUGAGAGCCCUGAUUCGCGGAGGGUGCCCCGCCGCAGCUUCUUGAGCAAGAGGUCUGUCAGCGGGGUCUAA